AUGACGCAGGACUAAGACCUUGCAAUACGUGGAAAUUAUUCAUAGGUCUGUUUCCUGCGCAAUAUUACAAUUUAGUAAGGUUAUUGUGAACAUUCCCUCCCCAAUCUGAUAUAUCCGUCCAACAUACUUAUUUACUGCAGGACCCACCCGGACACAGUUACAAAUGCACUAAAUAUUUUUUUCACCGCACAUGAUGUAUAUUACUGGGUUUUUAAUUUCUAUAUAUUUCGACGUUACAGCAGGAUCCCAACUUAAAAAUUGCUGUACUUCCUGGAAGCCACAAGAGCAUGAGCCAUCUGUAAUAGUCAAAGAGGAAAGGAACUGCAUCACUCUGUGCUGUGCCUGGGAUAUAAAUGACACCUCUCAGGGGCCUAAUGGUAUUUAUGUCAAAUGGUUCAGGAAUGCAAGCAUGAAACUACUUGUGGAAUUGAACCCAGAUGGAGUUUCCCCGGCAGAGGGAUUCACAGGAUGGGCUUAUUUGUGUGAAGAUACCUUACAUCACAUCAGUGCUUUACAAAUCAAUGACUCUCAGGUCAAUGAUACAGAUAUAUACUGGUGUGAAGUUAUUCUUGAAGAUGAAUUUGAUCAGAAAACCAAAACUGGAACAAAAAGUAACUUAACUGUAACAGAAUCUCUAGUAAAAAGCAACUCCACUCCUACGUGUCACAAUGAAGAGAUACCUGAAGUAAAGGAUCAUCAACCUAACAUGUGGCAUGUAUUUCACAGAGUACUUUCAUAUGGAGCAGUAGCUGGUGCUGUGAUUGCACUGUCAGUGGUUUGUUUUUGCUUGAGGGAGAGAGGUUUGUGCCCGCCAUGUAAGAAGACUGUUGACCAUACAAAUAAGGCAUCUAUCCCUGAUGGAGAAAAUGGGUUGACAUAUGCUGAUCUUGUUUUUGGCCAAAGCAGCAAAAUGAAAACUCAAACAGAAAGGGACAGUAGUAUGAAUCAUUGUGACUAUGAUGUUGUAGCAACAUGAAGAAAAACAUAUUUUAGUAAAGAAUGUGGAAUGCACUCAAAGUCACUGAAACAAGAGAUGAUACAGACAUUUCAUAUUGUUUUUUACCACAUUCUAGACUUCUUUUGUGCCAGAACCCAUUUAAAAUAUUUACAUUUUCGGUUAUCUUGACAUACUAUAUUUUCUAAAGUUUUGUACACUGCAGUGUGUCUGUAGAGUUAUAAAACUAUAAUAUUUCUUUUAUAUCUUUUUCCAAGUUGUGCAAUAAAUUUAUUUUGCUUUCCCAUUUUCUGCCA